GUUGUUGUCAUGGUUGACUGACGUAGUUGACAGUCGUUGCCGCUAUUUGAUUAUUGCUUGUUCUAAUAUCAUUGCCAAAGUAUGUUUAACGACCAGUCCUCCGGGCCAAUUGGGUUUUCAUCGCAAAUAUUAGAGCAGAGCACCAAUCCAGGUCACAAGGUACGGUGAGCAUCCAGACCGAGAAGGUAGUCUGCCAAGAGCUUGGCUGUCAACUUGUCCAGCGCAAUGAUGCUGCGUCUCAAACCGUUACGCAGAAUAAAUCUAUGCAGCACGUGGAUUACGAUAAAUUGGCAGAAUUUCUGAAGCGUGUAUCUCCUUUGGUAAUGGAUGAACUGGAUGAGAUGCAUGGAAGUACAGCACUAGAUGAUUAUCAGCCCAGCAUCGGUGAAGUGCCAUCAGCUGGUGCCAAACUCCUAUUCAAAUUUAAUACACUGGAUGAAACAGAUCUUGAUAAAAAAAUCAGCUGUAUCAGUUGGAGUGCUGCUGGUGGGACUCUGGCUCUAUCCUAUAGUGCAACAUAUCAUGAUACAUGGUGUGACCAUGUUUCUAGAAUAAAGUUCUAUAAUAUUACAACAGAAAAUCAGUCUGCGCCAGCAUCUUCUACAACUCUACAAGUCAACGCAUGUGUCACAACUCUGGCUUAUCACCCAACAGAACCAUCCAUCCUUGCAGCAGGGCUUUUCAAUGGAGAUGUGCUAGUCUGUAACUUAAAAGAGGACAAAACAUCAUGCCCAAUACAAUUGGGUGGCCACAGUGAUUCCUUGUCUGUACUUCAAUGGCACCUAAAGUUAUUGAAUAGUGCGUCGACCCUGGUCACAGCAAGUAGAGAUGGAUAUAUCUUCAUUCACAAAUUCAUAGCCAAUUUCACAACUGUCGAAUUACACAGAAGGUUAAAGAUUGGCAAAGAACAUAAUCCUAUGGAAAAAAGUAGACCGCGAAGCGUCAGUGGCAGACGUGAAAGGGCAGAUGAAUGUGGUUUAUCUGUAACUGCGCUCGAUUUCUCAACAAAAGAUCCAACAACAUUUGUUAUCGGUACAUCCUGCGGGGGCUUGUAUCAGUGUAGCAUUGACCAUGAUGCCCCGAUAGAAGGGACUAUUGACACCUUUGACCCAGUCGUGAACGAUUACGAACGCCAUCAGGGUAGCAUUACAUCUGUCAUGUUUACAGCAUUGGGCGAUAGGUUUGUCACGAGUGCAACUGACAAGGAAAUACGAAUCUAUAACGUGAUGCAGUUUAUUUCCUGGCACACAAUACUUGUGGAGGAUACAUCGAUAGGUCUUUCAUGGGUACCCGGCAAUCAAGAAAUCAUUGCAGCGUUUGGCGCUGGCCAAACCAUUACAUUCUACAAUCUUGAAACGUGUAAAAGUGUGACCAAUUCAUUGUUAGAUAAUAGUUCGAAGGAUACAAGCUGCCUCAAGUUCAACACAAAAAGAGAUCUGCUUGCCAUUGGAGAUACUUACGGAAGUUUGGGCGUUUGGAAGUUAUCGCGCAACGCAUUACGUUGAGACUAAAGUAAGUUUAGAUACAUAACAGUCCGACAGCUGCACACCUGAUUGAGAGGAUAUCUGUUUAUUUCAAGACCAGAUCAUAACACAUCUCAUAUAGUCUGGCAUAUUUAUGUUGCUGAAAAAAUACAACCGCUACGUAUCGGAUCCUACCUAUCUUGUUCCAUUCAAACCGCUCUCUACACACUCUGGGCGCUAAUAAGAGCAAACUGUAAAAUUUUCAGCGAAACAGAUCAAGCAGUUUUUGAAUCUAUAGGGCAUACACAAACGUACAAUGCAUUUUAUUCAUAUAGAUUUAAUAUACGUCUCUGUUUUCAAGUUCUAAUUAAAUUUUAUAUACUUUUAUUUGAUUUUCAGUGCAAUCGUUGUACAACAAUUGUAUUCUAUAGUAUAAAUCAAACGCACUGAAAUUCUUUGAAUUCCGAUCAUUCGGUUUUGUGCACUGUUUUGUGAUAUUUGUGAGUUAGUUUUUAAUUCUGCCGUCUGGUUGCGCAGCUUUCUUCGAUCUAACUAAAUUUUCUCACUACCGACAAGGUCUGCUCCACCAUGUAUUUACUACUUACUUAACAGUUAUAUUACCGGAAAUUACUUUAUUUUUGAAAUUCACAAUCAACCAAUUAUAAGAUGUACGUACAUCCCUCUUCAAUAAACGUUAUAGCGAUUUAAUAAGGAGUUCAAAAAUUAUCAUUCUACUGUAGAUUUGAAAAUGUUUGGAAAUAAGGCCGGAUUUUACAUAGUAGUCUGUCUGCAUUUUGUCAUAAUAAAGGAAAUGUUCAGAUUCUUCA